AUGUCCGAACCUUCAGUAUCAACUAUGUACAAAGAGUCCGGGAUAAAGGUUUUAAUAGUAAAGCGCAGUUCCAUAAAGGGACAAAUUACUAAAUUCAAAAAUUAUUUAGACAAGAUUACAAGGCAAUCUCAAUUGACGGGUAUCGAAGUGGCUGAGCUUUCACUGAAGGUCAGUCGCUUUGAGAGUCUGUCCGCUAAAUAUGAUGAGCUGCAAACUCAAAUUGAAUUAAUAAAUGCUGAUACUUUAGACGAAGAGCUCGAUGAACGUGAACGCAUUGAGCAAGAUAUCAUAUUAUGUACCGCGAUGGCAAAAAAUAUUAUUGAAGAACAAAAUGAAUUAAAGAAUUUAGAACAGGAUAAGAGACGCCUAUAUCAGAUCAUAUCAGCAGUACAGAAGAUGUACGGCGACGACCCCAAGUUAUUGGGAAAUGGGCAGGGAGAAGAAGAAGAAGAAGAAGAAGAUCCUAUAACA